GUAGAUUUCAUUUGAAUGUUUGGAUUUGUGGAAUUCCUUUGGCAGACAUGGAUUCGGUUCCGGUCAUUCUAGACCUAAAUUUACCAAUUUCAAAUUUAGCGAGUCAUGUUAUUUUGUAUGAAGUGAAUGACUUUAAGUCCACGCCGGAAUUUCUCAUGUGCGGAAUUGGCCCAUUAAUUAAACCUGCAGAAAUUGGAGAAGCAGUGUCUACAUAUUCCGAGGCCCUAAAUUGCGUUCAUUCUCCCUAUUUAUUACCCCGGAGAACUAAUUGGUUCCGUAGAGAAAUAGACUGCGGCAAAGGUGCCCUCGUUCUCUCUCAACACUCAAUCAGAUCAGCAACCAUGUCCUCCAAGCAAGGUGGAAAGGCAAAGCCUUUGAAGAAACCGAAGUCUGAAAAGGCAGAGUUAGACGAUAUUGACAAAAAUUACCUGCAGAAAAAGAGGGAAGAAGAAAAGGCACUUAAGGAGCUUAAGAUAAAAGCUCAGACCUCGGGGGCAUUUGGAGGCGCAGGACUGAAGAAAAGUGGCAAAAAGUGAUCAACUAUCCUUGCAUUGGACAGUAUCAUAAUGCGGCGUAUUGGUGGAUGCAUUGUUCUUCAUGUUUUUAAUUCCUUGUUUGAUUUCUUUCUAAGACCUGUGCUUUUUGUUCGGAAAACUGAAUGAAUAUUUCUGCUUCUAUCAUUAUGAAAGUUCGAACUUGUCAAUAAAUAGUUGUGUUUUCUUUUUAACUCGAAAAGUCUGCCGAAGUCAGUGGGAUAUGGACCUAUGUAAACCUUGUUAAGCUUUCCUAAUAAAAAGUACCUGACCAUUGGUAGAGCAA